UGGGACAAACUGACAAAUGUACCAACAUAAAAGUAACCGCUCCGGGCCAGUGCCUAACUUCUUACAAGGUUAUUAAGGUUUUAAGCAACAUAGGACCGCAACAGUGCAUUCGAAAAUGUUUAGAGAAUCGUCAAUGCAGGUCCGUGAACUAUCAAAAGCAACAGUUUAAUUGUGAUCUAAUUGCAGCAAAACGGGGAAAAUCGGAAACCUCUUUUGUUCUGGACUCAGGGUGUGACUACAUUGAAAUGGAAAAUCAGCCACAGGAGCUGGCUGGAUCUUGUAAAGCAACAGCGUGUGAAGAGGAGUGUGUGGGUUUGAGUAACGGAAGACCAGUCUGUUUAGAAGACAGAUUUAAAGACGAAUGUCUAAACUCAUUGAAGAUAACUGGAGGAAUGAAGUACUGCUUCGUGAAAAAGUUUCUUAAAUGGCAUGCUGCCAGGGAUAGCUGCAUUUCGAUGGGAGCACAUCUCCUGAUCAUAGAAACUGAAGCAGAACAAAACUUUAUUCAACGCCAAGCCUUCGGGGAGAAAUGGUGGAUAGGAGGAACAGAUGUAAAUUCAGAGGGAACGUAUUACUGGGAACAUUCUAACAGCGCAUUGAAUUACACAAACUGGAUGAAAAAUGAACCUAACGGGGGUUCACGUGAAAAUUGCAUCGAAGUGCUUUACUUGGGUGAUUGGAAUGACAAAUCAUGUUAUACACUGACUUAUUAUAUUUGUGAAAAAUAG